AUGGGGCUUUUCACCAAGAAGGCUCCUGAGGAGCAUGUCACCGCCGACCCGGCGACGCCCGCCUACGACGAGAAGACGGGCGAGCACCCCGGCGACCGGUCCAGCGAUGAUGAGCCUAUCGGAAAGAAUGUUCAGGCCGGUGUUGCCAAGGUCGAGGCCAUGACUGCUGUCUGGACCAAGCGCGAUCUGAUUGCCGCCUACGUUCUCAUUUGGCUCUUCUAUGUUGUCACCUCUAUCCAGGAAGUCUCCAUGCGUGUCUUGUCGCCCUUCGUCACCAGUAGCUUUGCCUUCCACUCGCUGACGGCGACUACCGGCGUCAUGUCGACUCUUAUCGCCGGUCUCAUCAAGCUGCCUCUGGCUAAGAUCCUCGACACUUGGGGCCGUCCCCAGGGCCUCAGCUUGAUGCUCAUCAGCUGGAUCCUUGGCUUUAUCAUGAUGGCUGCCUGCAAGAAUGUCGAGACCUACGCCGCUGCCCAGGUUUUCUACGCUGUCGGAUCCCAGGGCAUUAGCUACUGCAUCACCAUCUUCAUCGCCGACACCUCGAGUCUCAAGAGCAGAGCUCUCAUGCUCUCUUUUGCGACGUCCCCGUACAUCUUCAUCACCUGGGCCGCCGGUCCCAUCACCAACAGUAUCCUCAAGAAGGACGGCAUUGGCUGGCGUUGGGGUAUGGGCAUGUGGUCCAUUGUGGCUCCUGUCGUUGUCGGGCCUCUCGUUCUGCUCUUCCUCUGGAACCAGCACAAGGCGAAGAAGAUGGGCAUCAUUGACGGCCGUGGAUCGAUCAGGAACAUUUCUGCCACCAAGGUUGUCAAGUUCCUCGUCGACGUCGACGCUCUCGGCAUCUUGAUCCUCGCCGCCGGCAUGGCCUUCUUCCUUUUGCCGUUCAACAUCUUCUCGUACCAAACCGAGGGGUGGCGAUCGCCCAUGAUCAUUGCUUUCAUCGUCAUCGGCUUCUGUCUCAUCAUCGGAUUCGUCGUGUACGAGAAGUUCCUGGCACCUGUCACCUUCAUUCCGUACAAGCUCCUGUCGGACAGGACCGUCUUCUUCGGCGGCUUGAUGUUCGUCUUCGUCUUCUUCAACUCGGCCGUCUGGGGAUCCUUCUUCAACUCGAUGCUCAUGGUUGUCUGGAACACGACCGUCGAGGAGGCCACCUACAUCAGCAACAUUUACCGCACCGGCUCUUGCUUCUUCUCCAUUAUCAUUUCGGCCCUGAUCUACAAGACUGGACGCUUCAAGCCGUUUGCUCUGUACUUCCUCGUCCCGCUGAUGAUGCUCGGCGUCGGUCUGAUGAUUCACUUCCGCCAGCCCGAUCAACCCAUCGGAUACAUCAUCAUGACGCAGAUCUUCGUCGCCUUCGCUGGCGGCCCCAUCGUUAUCUGCGGUGAGAUGGCUAUGUUGUCGCCUUCCGACCACCAGCACGUUGCUGUCAUCAUGGCCAUUCUCGAUCUCUUUGGCAGCAUCGGCAGCACUGUCGGUUACACCGUCGCCACCGCCAUCUGGACCAGCACUUUCAAGAAGAACAUCACCAAGUACACCCCGCCCGGCACCCCCGUCGACACCAUCUACGGCGACCUCAUCUCCCAGCUCAGCUACGAGGUUGGCAGCCCUGAGCGCAUUGGUAUUCAGCACGCCUACGGCGACUCUCAGCGCAUCAUGCUCAUCACCAGUGUCUGCCUUUUGGUUGGCGCCUUGGGCAGCGUCGCCAUGUGGCGCAACAUCAACGUCAAGACGAUCAAGCAGGUGCGCGGAAACGUCGUUUAG